AUGGGUUAUGACCAGUCGACAUACAUGUAUCUAUACAUAUGUAUAUCAUAAGAAUUGGAGCGUGAUGGAGUGUUGGACAAGUUCAGGGGCCUCUGACAAUCAGAAAUCAAUGAAUGCAAGGCCCCUGAAUGUAUACGACUGCGCUUACACUUCGACUGAAUUAUACAAGACACAAGUGUGAUUCAUAGGCAUGAUCGAGCCAAAGCCGUUUUCAUGAUCUGCGAAAGGCUUUUCAAUUCCUGCAGUGCUAGCACACUUUCGUUGGGUUACUUUUUGAAUUCCAUCAAUACAAUUACACACGAGAGGUGUGCGCAAUAACGCAGAUAAUUAAAAAGAGCGCAAAAUAGAAGUGUUAUUCUUAUUCGGGAAUGUUUUGGGUGUAACACCAAUUAAUUUUGUUGUCAUCUGCUACGCAUGAAAAUAUAUUGAUAAUGCUUUGAUUUCUUAUACUAUUAUUGACGCAUGACUCGGAAUUGUCGUAUGAUUACUCUAUUUUAAUCCGAAUGACAACAAUAGAGAAGUUUGAAAUUAUUUGAUGUAUACAACUAGGUUCUGCGCAUUAUUCGAAAUCAUAUAAUUUCUCAAUUCUGCAAAGAAUUGCGGGAUUAUUUAUAUGCGUUCAGUUAUUAAAUGAAGCGUACGUGGUGCAUUGGGAAACUUAUUUUAAACGUGAUUAAUAAAUUUAUGUUUAAAAUAAACUCGACCUUGCCCCUAGGUAGCCAUUUUGCCGCCCAACAAAAAUGGCCGUCCAAGAAACAAGAUAUUUUCUAUUAUUUUUAUUAAAUCGUGUACUCUAAGUCCAUAAACGUGUUCUCAAGGUAGUACAAAGAAUUGAAAGACUUCCUUGGAUAUUUUUUGAUGUUGCAAUGUAUUGUUUUGCCUAUCAACUAUGAAAAUGUCAGAAUAACUGUUGAAAGUGUAUUCCCGUGUGACAUAUAACCUAAAUUUUGAUUUUGUGCUUUCGUUUGACAAUCACUGCAUUCGUCGUAUCACGACAAGUGUUAUUGAACUUAAUAUUUUCGUCGUAGUUAAUUGCUGCAGUAUGUCUCACCAAAAGUGUAACGACUAUACCAAAAUCAUUUGAAAAAUAAAAUGUUCUAUUUUUACUAUUUAUCAUUUCUCAUUCGCAUAGAUAACCUCUAGAGGGAUUGUUUUCUUCAAAAUUCAAUCGUUAAAAAAUAUAACUCUGAUUCUGUUAAAUAGCUGUGUUAAAUGAUUUUCCACAAUAUUUUGCUUGUUGUUUCAAAACAUCUUAACUCUGUGCUAAAAUAACAUACCACGAUGCUGAAGUGAAUCUGUUGAAAAGAUUUUUUACCUAAACACAACAGUUUCAACCAACAGUGUUAUAAAUAUAUUACACACUACCUACAUCGACAAAAUUAAAUACAAUGGACGAACGAAGGGUAGCCGAUUAUUUUGUCGUUGCUGGGCUACCAGGUCAAGACGAUAAUUUUACGAAUGACGCGAACAACGAAAGCGACAGGUUGGAGGAUUGGUGCCAGGAAGGGACCCAUCUCAAAGACACUCAUAUGCAGGCUCCAAUCACGGAUCUUGCCAUAAUAUUUCCAGCCUUAGGUGAAACAGUCCCAGAAAAUUUUACUCUAUUGAGUAAAACUGUGACAGGGUUCCCAGCAGAUUUAAACCAUGGUAGUUUAAGGACUAAUGAAUGCUACAUCUGUUACAAACGAGGAAGGGACAAACCACCUUUGGUUGACAUUGGUGUGAUCUAUGAUGGGAAAGAACGUAUAAUGCCUGAUGCAGAGGUGGUUUUUGAAACACCAGAUGGACAUGUUGCAAAUGUCAAUAAUUCAACCUCAAGGAUUUUCGUUACAUAUAGAAGGGCAAGUCCUGAAAUGCCAUGCAAUAGUUUGGUCGUCACAGACAUAUGUCUGAUUCUGGCCAACAAAGGAGAAUGUCAGCCUCACGCGUUUUGCGUUAUUAACAAAAAUCUUAAUAAGGGAAUGUUGGGGAGUGACGUUUUCUUGUGUUACAAGAAAUCUAUGAAUCGAGCCAACCUUAUAUCGUUUAAACCUGCUAUACUGUAUAAGUAUCCACUAAAGGACUAUGAAAGUUUUAUGUUUCCCAAUUCUGUGGCUAUGUUCUGCUUGCCAAUGGGUGCCACUAUUGAAUGUUGGCCAAAAUUGGCAUCUAAACCAAAACCCGUAUUUUCAACGUUUGUAUUAACGGUGGCGGAUGCAGCUCAAAAGAUAUAUGGAUCAGCCAUCACAUUUUAUGAAGAGAUUGAGCCAAUUUUAAAGGAACCGAUUGAUACAAAUGCACAAGAUAUUUUGGAGCUAAUCCCAAAUAGCAAAGAAAACUCAAAUUAUGAAGACGGUUCAACAAAUAUGGGCGAUACAACCGAGGAAAUUAGGGUUGAUACAUUGAAAUUGAGAAAUUAUCAGAAACAUGGUGUUUUGAAUAAAUUGAAUCCAUCGCAGAUUGAAAAACUGCAAUACACGCACCCAAAUACUCAGUCGUUAAACAUCAGCAAAUCAAUAUGCAUUUUAUCUCAUUGGCCGUUUUUUGAUACUUUCGAAAAGUUUCUCGUCUUCUUACACAGUAUGGUUAAUGAGAAGGAGCAAAAUGUUCCCAUAGAAAAAUACAUAGCGUAUUUUUUAUGCGAUAUACCAUUUCCCAGCCCUCAACGACCUAGAAUAUUGGUACAGUUGAGCGGGUUUGACAGAUUGAUUCUAACCCAGCCUGAAGAUCUAGCAUUGCCAAGAUCAGGGGCGAGUUUCAGGCAAUUACUGAUAAAUCUGGGCCCAGAUAACUGUUUGUUGAUUUUGUUGUUGAUAUUAACCGAACAGAAGAUAUUGGUUCAUUCUCUAAGGCCAGAUGUUUUAACAUCUGUAAGUGAAGCAAUAGCCAUGAUUCUGUUUCCUUUCAAGUGGCAGUGUCCUUAUAUUCCAUUGUGUCCAUUAGGUUUGGCCGAGGUAUUGCACGCACCUUUACCUUUUUUAAUUGGUGUUGAUUCUCGAUUUUUCGACUUAUACGAUCCACCAUCAGAUGUAAAUUGUGUAGAUUUGGAUACCAACAAUGUUGCUAUUUGCGAUGACAAAAGAUAUCUGAACUUGAAAUUGUUACCUAAAAAAGCAGCUCGCUCUUUGAGAAACAGACUGGAACUUCUAUACUCGAAGCUAAUUAGUUUAGGAAGAAGUUAUACAUCUCAGAAAGAAAAAGGGGACGCAGACUUUAGUGUAGAUCGAGAGUUUCAACAAAAAAGAAAAGAGCAGGCUUUGGAACUUGAAAUCCAAGAUGCUUUUCUUCGAUUUAUGGCCAUCAUAUUGAAAGGCUACAGAUCGUAUUUACUACCAAUAACAAAAGCUCCCACUGUUGGCUCUACCGAUCCUACAAGCCUGUUUAAUAUGCAGGCUUUUCUUAGGAGUCGCGAUAAAGCUCACGCAAAAUUUUAUAGCAUGUUAGUGCGAACUCAAAUGUUUAUAAGAUUUAUAGAAGAAAGGAGCUUUGUGUCAGACAUGGAUAUGGCAGGAUUAGCAUUUUUUGACGAAUGUACAGAACGAGUUGAGGAAGAGAUUGGACCACUUUUGGAAUUGGAUGAAUCACAGCACAGUGAACGCACAGUAUUUAUUCCUCCACCAGAAGCUGGACCUAAUCAGAAAGCACUAAGCUAUAAAACGUUCAAAUUGAAUCCUGAAUUGAUGAGACCACAGAAAAAUCUAAGCCUGAAAAAUCCAGCACUAAGUGCAUUUAGUAUGGUACCAGGAAGUCCAAUGGCUCGUCGAACGAAACAUGAGAUUAAAGUAGCUCAGAAAAUGGCUAGAAAACAGGCAGCUGUACCAGAGAGAUGGGCUAGAUGUUUGUUGGGGACAUGCUAUAGUUUAUGGUUUCUACAUUUACCUGCCAUGUUGCAAGCCUCUAGCCAACCUGCAGCUAUUUUACAUCAAGCCUAUGAGCUGCUUGUGAAAAUGCAGAAAUUACGUCUGGAUCCGACUGAAGAAGUUUGCUACAGAGCUAUGAUGCAAUUGUGUGGCGUAUAUGGCCAACCUGUACUAGCAGUGAAACUAUUAUUCCACAUGAAGCGUAGUGGAGUUCAACCAAAUGCCUUGACUUAUGGGUUUUACAACAAAGCCGUCUUAGAGGCAACGUGGCCAUCUGAUAUGACAAAUUCCAGCCAGUUGAUGUGGAACAAGCUGCGUAAUGUUAUUGUCGGGGCAGCGUUAUUUAAAAAAGCUGGGAAAAAAGGCGCCAGAAGAAGAUUGAGUUCAGCGACUGAUGUAGCCGAUGGCAAGAGUAGUGAAACUUUGGAACAUGCUCUAUCCAGAUGUAGUCUCGACAGCACUCAUUCUCAAGACUUAGAUGCAGCAGGCAGUGAUUCUUUGAUAGGUAGCUCUGUUCCUGACUUACCAGUAUUCGGCCUUGUUGAAACAAAGAUGAAAUUUUUGCGGCAAAAUAGUAUUGUUAAGGAUCAAGGAUCUAGUUUGAGCAUGUCUCAGCCAGAAGCGCUCAAUCGUUCAUCCAGUAAUCCGAGGCUAGUCCGGAAUCUUGAAUCACCACUCAAAAGUCCUAUCAGAACACCGGUAACUGAAAAUGAUCCGCUAGGUGCGUUACUUAAUGAUGAAACACCGGUUGUAUCUCCGUCUGAAGAAAAUGAUUCAAACUGUUCGACAAGUACUUUAACUAUACUUAACAAUGCGACGGAAGAACGUGCUGGAGGGCCAUUAUUGUUUAGAAGCAAUGUUAUACCCAGAAGUGCUACAUUUCAUCAGGCAGUUGACGAAGGCGGUCCAUUGGGUGGCGGACAUUUGCAAAGAAGUGAAACGAUGCCUCAUUCCGUUGCUCAGCAAGGAGAACAGGAAAGGGACAGAGAUAGAUUGGAGUUCGGCAGUCUUUGGGCGCAAAACAAGGACAGCGUAACAUCUAGCCUGUCCAGCCUUGGAUCUAGUCUCAAGCUUAGUUUUGGACGUUAUUCUACUGGAGGCCUGGCAUUUGCUAAAAAUAAGGAGUUAAUAUCAUCAAAUCAGCUCAUCGAGUCGUUGAGUUUGUCCAGCUAUAUCAGCCCUUCGAGUUUAACGGGGAAAAAAUCAAAUGAGUUGAUACUGGGUGGAUUGAAUAGUUUAAAGUCUGCUGCCACUACUGUUGCUAAAAAAUUUGAUGAAAUAAAGGAAGCGAUCUCAGCAACUAGUACACCGGUUAAAUCAAAGGAGCGCGAACAGAGAUUAUCAUAUGGAGUAUCUCAUGAAUCGUUAGAUUCUCUUACUGACGGAUCACAGCAGGACCGUAAUGAAUUACCAGCUAGAGUUUCUGGAGAUCUGACCGCAGAACUCGGUUGCUUAACUGAAUUAGCAGACUGUUUGUACCCUAGAGGUUCAAGGGAGUUAGAAGAACGUAUGGCCAUAGAAUUAGUAUUGUCAACAGCUAGUAGAUGCCAUCAUUGUACUGCUGUUCUAUACGAUGAGGAGAUAAUGGCUGGCUGGCAGCCAGAGGAUUCUAAUUUAAACACCGUCUGUCAAUUUUGUGACAAAGCUACAGUACCACUGCUGACAGUGACCAUAUUAGAUUACAGGUGUGAGGAGGGUGAGAGUAACGAUCCAUUAACAGGAGCAUUAGUCGAGCUUUUGGAGCAUCCAAAAGAAUUAGAAGAUCCAAUCACAGUUCCAUAUUUGAAUCCUUUGGUCCUUAGAAAGGAAUUGGAGAGUGUGUUGAGUCAAGAGGGAGACUCAUGCCUUACUAAGCAUAAAUUUAUAGAGGAGCAUCCAAUAGUUUAUUGGAAUCUAAUUUGGUACUUUGAGAGAAUUAAUCUGAGCAGCCAUUUACCAGAGCUUUGGUUCAAUAAUAACCAGAAUGUGAGAAAUACUGCCCAAAGUAAUUUACCUCUGGUCGGUGUUCGAACGCUUUGGGAUAAUGAAAAGUUGCAUAUGGAUCGUUUGCCUAUGUAUAUUCAAUGGAAGACGAACAGUGCGGAAGACCGAACGUUAAUGCAGGCAGUAAUAACGAAUGUACGCCACAACGAUUUAGCAGAACCUAUAAGGAGAUUAGCUCUGGAAAGGCAUAAAACCAGAAUAGAUGACCAAACGCCGAUUUCUAUAUACAGAGAUAUUUUAUUUCUAGUAUUUACAGUUUUGGGAAGAGGAAAUAUAGAUCAAGGUGCUUUUGAUCGAGAGUAUAAUCAGUCUCUGGAAAGACUAACGGAAAAAGAAGAGAAGUUAUUGUGUUCCACCGAUGCACCACCCACUACAAUGGCACUACAUUGCAGGCAUUACUUUAAGCCACUUAAUGUAUGAACAAAACAAUCGAAUUACUUUAACGGUACCUUUAAUGGGUAAAAGAAGAGAUAAACUUGUCCCCCUUACCAUGUCAGAACUGUAUGGUUUUGAUUAAUUGAACAAAUUUCAGAGUCUUUUCAUUAUUUAUAUCACCAAUACGUUAUAUCUGUCUGCGGAAUCACUAUACGAGGCAAUAUAUCUCUCAUUAAUUGACUGUUGGCAAGACUAUGUAUGUUAUUAUUUACUAAUUUGUCACAUCGCGUAAUAUAGAAAUGAAUCUUUUUAAUCACUAACCUUUUAAAACCAAUCACAGAAUGGUUGCAGAGAUACAAUUUUUUUACAUGGUCAUUAGGUAAUGAAGAGUUUAUAUUUCCUUAUCUCGUUACAAUAUCCCUUCGAGUGAAUUCUGUCCUCGACACUGUUCUGUGUAUUUAGCGUAGCGAUGUGAAGGUUGUUCUCGAUAAUCUUUAAUUUCCGAUUUUAUUUAGGUAUCAAUAAGUACUUUAUUUAUAAUACCGAAUAUUUUACAGUAGAAUUUAAGAGUAUGCACAUUUCGUAUUUACCUGAUUACGAAACAAGUUUUGCUUCUGUUUAGUCUUUGAGUGUCAAACAAACUAUUUAUGUAACAAGUACUGAUCCUGCCAUAACGAACGCUACAUGCGUCCAAGCCUUGUCGAUACUAUAUGUUACCAUCAAUACAACUGUUGAAAUAUUAAAAUGGACGUAGAUGACAUUUUCAUCAGAGAGCAUUUGAAGGACACAUAACUGUUUCGUAACUUGGUAAAUACUCUACGUAACAGAAAUAUGUUUGUUGUAAAAGUUUGUUAUGAGUAGCAGUUCUUUGAUUAUGUUAAUAUUAGGUUCUGAUUUUGAUCAACAGCUCAUAUUGAAUCCAAUUUCAAGAGUUUGUCCUCUCUGGAUCGACCAUGCCUUGACGAUGAAGUUUUCAAAUCCAUGAAAUGGGUACCUAUUGCAAGAAAACUGUAGACACAACCUCAUCAGUACUAAAGAAUUUUGUUCCUUCUACUCUUGGUUUAACGUAUAUGUUGAACAGGGCAUAAUCAAUUUAUAGGUAUUAAAUUUUAUCACAUGUGACAAAGUUGGAAAGUUCAAAAAUUAUUUGUUGCCGAUAAAACCAUUGUGCGUUGUUUAAAGAUUUCUGUGAGCUGCAGUAUUAUUACAACUAUAGAAGUUAGUUGGCAAAUAAUUACGCCAAAGUAUUUAGGAACUAAACUUAGAGUUAAAAACAACUCUUGAUAUCAUUUCGAUUGGUAAUACAUUGCUGUAUUAUCAUUUCGUAGUGCUUGAAUCACAUCACUCGCAAUAAUAGCUAUAUCUUUAUAAGCAGGGGUCAUGAAUUUCCCCAUAUAUGAAAUGUGCAAUUUUUUAAAUUUCGUUUUUCAUAUUAUGAGAAACUGUUGAUUCUUAAUUUUUGAGGCCUUUUGACCUUUUCACCUUUGAUACAGCAAACAGAUGUAUAUUCAUUCAUUAUUGUAUUGAAAUUAGGCUAAGAAAAUAAAAGCAGUUGAGGUAUUUUAUAAAAAAAA